AUGCUGCAGCUGGACCGAGCUGCGUCACACACGGUCCCCAGUCGUCACAGCACAGCGACCCCACCACCGACCAACAGCAACAUGUACAAGCUGGUGAUCCUGCCCCUGCUGUUCGCCGCCGUGUCGGCCGGCUACCUGGGCGCCCCCGCCGUCGCCUCCUACGCCGCCGCCCCCGUGGCCUACGCCGCCCCCGCCGUGGCUGCCUACGCCGCCCCCGCCGCCGUGUCCUACGCCAACACCUACAAGGCUCCCCCUGCGCGCCUGGCCUACGCCGCCGCCCCCGUGGCUUACGCCGCCCCCGCUGCCUAUGCCGCCCCCGCCUACGCCGCCUACGCCGCCCCCGCCGUCGUCAAGACAUUCCCUUACUUGACUUCCCUGGUCCUGUUCGUCUCUGCUGGCUCGCUGUCGACGGGGUCGGCAUUGACCCGCGCCGGGUCGACGGCCUGGGACAUAUAUACCCCGGCGGUCCCCGCCAGUCCACUCACAGCGACGAAGACCACGUCCGCCGACCACAACAUGCUGCUCCUGGUGAUACUGCCUCUGCUCUUCGCAACUGUAUCGUGCGAUAGCCUGGUUCCUCCUGCUGUGAUUGCACAUCCUGCCAUCUCUUACCACAACACCUACAAGGCACCUCAGAGGCACCACGUGGUCGCAGCCACUGCCACCUAUCCAGCCACUUACGCCGCUUCUGCUCCCAUAGUGGCCGCUAAUGCUCCCGUAGUUGCAGCUCACAGUCCUUUAGUGGCAGCUCAUAGUCCUUUAGUGGCAGCUCAUAGUCCUCUUUCGGUUGCUCACACUCCCUUAGUAGGUGCCGCUUCAGCGAUAUCCUACCACAACACCUACAAGGCACCUCAGAGGCACCACGUAGCAGCCCCUGCGACCUAUCCAGCCACUUAUGCCGCUACUGCUCCUGUAGUUGCAGCUCAUAGUCCUUUAGUGGCAGCUCAUAGUCCUCUUUCGGUUGCUCACACUCCCUUAGUAGGUGCCGCUUCAGCGAUAUCCUACCACAACACCUACAAGGCACCUCAGAGGCACCACAUAGCAGCCCCUGCCACCCAUCCUGCCACAUACGCCGCCGCUGCGACCUAUCCUGCCACAUACGCCGCUACUGCUCCCGUAUUGGCCAGCCACGCCCCCUUAGCAGCUGCUCACGGUUCCUUGGCCGGCGUACACGCCUCCGCGCUGGGCGUUCCUUCUGCCAUCUCCUAUCACAACACCUACAAGGUCUCACAGUCACGCCAUGCUGUCCGUUCUCCAGCAGUAUAGCAUGAAUGUGUCACAUUACUAAUGUAAUUUUGUAUAUAUUUUGAUUUACAUAAUAAAUUAAACAUGUAAAUAUG